AUAUCAUCGUCAUGGGUCGUGUUAAACUCGAGAUAAAGAGAAUAGAGAAUCCCGUCAAUCGACAAGUUACAUUCUCAAAACGUAGAAAUGGCCUUAUCAAGAAAGCUUAUGAGCUUUCAAUCCUGUGUGACAUUGAUAUUGCAGUCAUAAUGUUUUCGCCUUCGGGUCGUGUUAACCAUUUUUCUGGUCGGAGGAGAAUUGAGGAUGUUUUUACUCGCUACAUUAAUCUUCCAGACCAAGAAAGAGAUAAUGCUGUAAGUUUUCCAGAACUACCAUACCGCAGGGGUAUUCAGAAUAAGGAGUAUUUGCUAAGGACACUUCAGCAACUGAGGAAUGAAAAUGACAUAGCUCUUCAACUGGCCAAUCCGGGAGACAUUAACUCUGAGAUUGAGGAACUCCAACAAGAAGUUAAUAGGCUACAACAGCAACUUCAAAUGGCCGAAGAGCAGAUAAGGUUAUAUGAACCCGACUCAUUAAAGAUGUCGUCAAUGGCCGAUCUUGAAAACAGUGAAAAACACCUUUUAGAUGUCUUGACACGAGUCAUGCAGAGAAAGGAAUACUUAAUGAGCCACCAUCUAUCUUCUUUUGACCCAUCCAGUAUUCAGGGAAUACCAACCUCUUUCGACAAUGUAGGUUGGUUGCAGGAUGGGAAUCAAAACCAUGCUCAGAUUUUUGAUGCAUCUGCUCCUUUAGAUCCUCUCAGGGACUUGUCUUCCACAGUGUAUGGUUCAUUUUCUCAAGGGACAAGUUCAAAUGUUGCUGAUCCACGAGGCAUAGGAGAAUGUCAUGUGUCAAAUCCAAGUGAUGGAACCCUUCAACCAUGGCCUCAAUGUUACACGUUGUAUCCUCAUCAUCAUAUUCAACAUGACAUGGUGGGACCCGACAUGCCAGAUAUGAUGCCACAUGCACAGGUCAACAUCCCAAUCACUACCUCACACGUGGAAGCACCCAAGAAUGAACCUGUAGAAUUUGAUCAGUCUAAACAACAAUCUCAAACUCAUCCUCAUACACAUCAACAUCAGCAUCUCAAUGCCCAAUGACACAUACCAUCCAUCCAUCCUUCAUAA